CCACUGGCCAUCAUACUAAAAGAGAACAGACUUACUGGUCAUAACUACAUAGAUUGGGAAAGGAACCUGGACAUUGUUCUUACUGCUGAGGGCUAUAAGUUUGUACUGUCAGAGGAAUGCCCAGAAACACCUAGCAAUGAUUCUACCCCAGAGGAGAUUCAGUAUCAUAGUAAAUGGGUAAAAGCUGAUGAGAUGGCGCGGUGUUACAUCUUGGCUUCGAUGUCAAAUGUAUUGCAACAUCAGCAUCAGGACUUACCAACAGCCUAUGAUAUAAUGAACAAUCUCAAGGAACUCUUCGGACAUCAGAAUCGGGCUGCUAGGCAAGAGGCAAUGAGAAAACUGAUGACAACCACCAUGACUGAGGGGACUCCCGUGAGGGAUCAUAUUCUCAAGAUGAUGGCUUACUUAAACGAAAUACAAGUUCUUGGAGGGGAAAUUGAUGGGGAAACCCAGGUCGAUAUCAUCCUCCAAACGCUGCCCAGAAGUUUUGAGCAUUUUCGCCUGAACUAUAAUAUGAAUAAAAGGAUGUAUUCAUUGGCGAAACUUCUGACAGAACUUCAGGCAGCCGAAGGGUUGUUUCGUCAACAUUCUCAAAUUCACUAUGUUGAAAAUGGUUCUACUUCUAAGCCAAAAGGCAAGAAGAAGAAGAUGUCGGUCGAUCACGAACUUGAAGGGAGGUACCCAGGAGCUAUGAGCGUCAUCUGA